AUGUCCACCAAGACUGCUCCCGCUGCUACCCCAGACUACACCAUUGCCAACUCCGACGUUGUAUCCAAAUACAAGACUGCCGGAGAAAUCACCAACCGUGUGUUGGCUCAAGUCAUUGCUUUGCUUGUUGAUGGCGCUACCACCUACGAAGUCUCUUCCAAGGGUGAUGAGUUAUUGAACGAAGAAUUGUCUAAGAUCUACAACUCCAAGAAGGCUUCCAAGACUCCAAAGGGCAUUGCAUUCCCUACCUGUGUGAAUCCUAACCACAUCCCAGCCCACUUGGCUCCUGUGAGUGAAGAUGAUGCUGGUAACAUUACCUUGAAAAACGGCGAUGUAGUUAACGUGAUGCUCGGUGUCCAGCUUGAUGGGUUUCCAUCCAUUGUAGCUCAGACUAUUGUCAUUGGAGCUACUAAGGAAUCUCCUGCUGAAGGUAACAAGGCUGACUUACUCCACGCUGCCUGGACUGCUUCUGAGGCUGCUAUCAGAACUUUGAGACCCAAGAACAAGAACUGGGACACCACCAACGUUGUAGCCAAGGUCGCCAAGGAAUUCGACACUACCCCAGUCGAAAGCAUGUUGUCUCAUAACCAAGAAAGAAACGUGUUGUACGGUCCUAAAGAAAUCAUCAUCAACCCUACCAAGCAGAACAAGAGCCAGAUGGAAACCUUCAAGUUUGAAGAAAACGAAGUCUAUGGCUUGGACAUCUUAAUCUCUACUUCUAAGGAUGGAAAAGUCAAGCCUUCUGACUACAGAACCUCCUUGUACAAGUUGACAGGUAACAACUACUCUCUCAAGAUGAAGUUGUCGCACAAGGUUUUGGCCGAAUUCAAAGCUAAGUGCAACAACCAGCCUUUCCCUUUCAACAUCAGAAACUUGGACGAACCUAAGAAGUCUAGAGGUGGUUUGGCUGAACCUUCAAACCACAAGGUCAUCUUGCCAUACGAUAUUGUCACCGAAAAGGAAGGCGAAUAUGUUGCCCAGUUCUUUACGACAGUUGCUAUCACCAAGAACGGUCUUGUCAAGUACACCCAACCAGAGUUUGACCCUGAGCUCUACAAGACCGAGAAGAAGGUCGAGGACGAGGAAAUUGUGCAAUUGUUGACUGAGCCUUUGAGAAUCAAGAAGCAGUCUAAGAAGGAAGAAGCUAAGUAGCUCUGUAGCCUUCCAAAAUUGACAUGACAUGAUAGUAUCAAAACAUCGAAUACCAAGAUAUCUCCAGUAUCCAACAUUCAUAUAUCCAAAAUAUCAGAAUCCAAAAUACGUAUCUAGCCAG